CAUCAUUUGCCGCUCACUUUCCUUCCAUCUCUCGGCUCUAUUUCCCUACACUUUCGAAAGGAGGAGGGAGGGAGGGAGAGAGAGAGAGAGGAAGAAGCAGAAGUAAUGGGGACUGAUGGGCCGGAGGGUUCGCCAUCAUCAGCAGUGAUCCAGACGAAAAGGGUGAUGGAGGAGCUGCUUCGGGGAAACAGCGCGGCAAUUCAGCUUCAGCUUCUGCUCAAGAACUCGCCGGGUCAGAACGGUCCUGGUGGUUCCGGGUCGUCGUCGCCUGAUGAGCUUCUGGAGACGAUCUUGAGAUCUUUCACCGAAAGCCUCUCGGUUCUUGGCUCUCGCUGCGGGUCUGCAUCCGCCGGUCAUGACCGCCGGGUCUCGCCGAGCUCCGGCGAGUCCAGUGAGAGCAAGAGGAGGCUCGAUCUGAAGGAUCGGAGGGGUUCUCACAAGAGGAGGAAGACAUCUCAAACAUGGACAAAAGUCUCUCCCACUAUUGAAGAUAAUCAUGCAUGGAGAAAAUAUGGCCAAAAGGUGAUCCUCAACGCCAAGCACCCAAGGAGCUACUUCAGGUGCACACACAAGUAUGACCAAGACUGCAAAGCGGCCAAACAGGUCCAAAGAAUGGAGGACAAUCCUCAGAUGUUCCACAUCACCUACAUUGGAGUCCACACAUGUAGGGACAUCAUGAAGACACCACAAAUGCUCAUCACAGAUCCUGAUACUUGUGUUGGUGAAUCUUUCCCCGUAAAGCAAGAGCCCAGGGAGGAUGCCAAAAGCGACCUAACCAAUGACAAUGUCUCGUCCAUGGGCUUCCUCUUUACGGGACUCGAAUCCUCUGAUCAGCCGAAUGACCUAGCCUCAGUUUCCUCAGCAAGGAUGGGUUUUGAUGAUACUGCUAAUGGUGAUCCUGCUGUCCACACCAUGUGCCCUUUUGUGGAUGCUGCUGAUUCUCACGGUCUAGGGAUGGAGUUUCUGCGCAAUAGCGUUAGCUUUGACGGUGAUCAUUUCCACUUUGAUGAAAGUGAAUUUUAAGCUAAGUGAGAUGAGAGAGCAUAGAAAUUAACUAGGUGUAAAGAAAAGCCAGUCUAGGACUGGCAAGUGCCUUUGUCUUUGCUUUUGUUCCGUGGAAAUAACAGCUUUCUUUGAACAGAUGAUGUUGUUGAUCGGAUUAAUGGUAUUGUGCAUGAAUUGAUGGGUUCUUUGUUUA